AUCCCAUGGAGGAGGGCGGGGGGCGGGGGGAGAGAGGCAGAGGGAGCGCGGCGUGCAGGCAGAGCCCACCAGUGCUCGCGGGAGAGAAGGAGCAGGGCGUGCAGGGAGCCGGCCGCCGUGGGACCCCGCAGCCCGGCCGCGCCUCUGGAAGAUGCUUCCUCCGCCCCGGGCGCUCCAAGGGGCUCCCUGACUCCCUGCCCCGCCAGGCCAGGGGCUCUUUGACACGCACGUGUGUGCGGGACCGGCUCCUGCCCCGCCGCUGCCCGCUUGCUCCUGCGCGGAGAGCCCGCCCCGCCUAUGGGGCUCUCCCCCGGAGCCCUUCGGCCGCCCGCUGCCGCAUGAAGCCCGCAGCGGCGCGGGGGGAGAGCGCGAGGAGGCCCCGAAGCGCCGCAGCCCACCUGCCCAUGGAGGCUGGGAGCGAGUCCUAGCCGGCCCUUCGCCGCCCCCCUCCCCGCCCCGCGGACCCCGCAACAUGCUGCCUGGCGCCGCGCCAGCGGGCACCCGCGCCUCCGCUCCACGGCUGCUUCCCGCCGGUGACAUCCCUCCGAAGACGAUUGCUCGGACAAUUUGAGCGCGCAAGAGAGGAAAGAUUGCAAGAUCCCCCUCCCCUCUUCCCCCUCCCCACCAAAAAGGGGGGAGAAAGAAAAAAAGGGGGGGAAAAAACGCUUGUGGAUCUCAGUGGGAAGCAUCCGUGCAGGUAGCUCCACUGCUGCGUUCAUCCCUCCCCCCCAACCUUAGCCAAAAGAAAGAAAGAAAGGAAGAAGGCAACUAUCACAGGGUUACUAUGCAAUUGCGACUGAUCUCUUGGUUCCUGAUCACUUUGAACUUUAUGGAAUACAUUGGCAGCCAGCACGCCUCCAGGGUACGGCGGCAGGGAAGAAUGCAUCCUAAUGUGAGCCAGGGUUGCCAAGGUGGGUGUGCAACAUGUUCUGACUACAAUGGAUGCUUGUCAUGUAAACCCAGACUCUUUUUUGUUCUGGAGAGGAUCGGCAUGAAACAGAUUGGGGUGUGCCUUUCUUCAUGUCCAAGUGGAUACUACGGAACACGGUAUCCUGACAUAAAUAAGUGUACAAAAUGUAAAGCUGACUGUGAAACCUGCUUCACCAGAAAUUUCUGCACAAAGUGCAAAAGUGGGUUUUACUUAUACAGUGGAAAGUGCCUUGAAAAUUGCCCUGAAGGGCUGGAAACCAACAAUCACACAAUGGAGUGCACCAGUAUUGUGCACUGUGAAGCUAGUGAGUGGAGCCCAUGGAGCCCUUGCACAAAGAAAGGAAAAACGUGUGGUUUCAAAAGAGGAAAUGAAGUGAGGGUCAGAGAAAUCGUACAGCAGCCUUCAGCAAGGGGCAAUCCAUGCCCCACUACAAGCGAAAGCAGAAAAUGUAUUGUACAGAGAAAAAGAUGUCAGAAGGAAGGAAAAGGGGAAAAAAAUAGAGAGGAGAAUAGGAGAAAGCCUAAUGAAGAAAGCAAGGAAACAAGGCAAGAAAACAAAGGUCGCACAUCCCGAAGACAAAACCGAGAACAGCGGGAAAACAAAAACAAAAUGCAGCCGAAGAAAAGAAAAGGCCAGAAUAAAGAACAGAAACCAGAACCUAUUGGCACUGCACACUAACAGCCUUACAAGAUUGUUUUAGACUUAUGAUGCUGCUAUCUCAACCAGAUCCCCGUGACAGGUGCUUGACCCAUCAAAACUCUACAUGGACAAUGCCAUCUGUUAUUAAAACUUAAGCAACAUUCCAGAUAAUUCCUAUAUUCUCCGUGCAACUAUAGUUUAUUAAAGAGAACUGUCAUGAGCCAAGAAUUGUUAAAAGAAAUCUAAAAAUGGGAUACUUUAAAACCAUUAUAUUAUAUGCUUCCAUGCAUCUGUAAAGGCAACUAAGAAAUUUUGUAUAUAUUAUUAAUAGGGUAUAAAAUAUAGCAAUAUAAUAAUGAAUGACAUCCAGAUGAACAAUCUUUUUUUCCUUUGUAAAAUAUUGUUCAAGCUAUUGUUAAAGUACGAGGCAAGAGAUAUGUCUAGGUCAAAGACACGAUAUCCCUUCAUAUAUUGUAUAUAAAUAUUAAGAGAGGGAGGACAACAUUUCUCAAGAGCCAGUAGGAAAUUAAGGUUUUAUACCCUGUGUUGGAACAGGAUUGAAUUACUCUGUGGUUCCAGUCUCAUGUGGGAAGCAUCGGAGUGAAUAGCGGCCAAACUCUGAAAGUUAAUGAGGAAAAAGAAGUGGAAGGAAUUGAAACGUUGGAGACUGAAUCCCUAAAGGAGAAUUGAUGGCGCUUUGCUUGUAUAGCGCUCUUAUCUAUGGAACAACCCGACAUUUUCUGGUCUAAACAGUGGUACAGUGUGUGCUGUUCUAUGCUUUUUAUAACUAUGUGUAACUUAAAUCUACAUUUCAAAUCUGGUGAAUGACAAAUCAUAAUUGUAGGAAACAAUGCUGAGUUAAUAAAAAAGACAACAUAGACCAUGGAAGGAUGUGUUUUUCAUGCUCAAGGGUGAUUUUUUAAGUGGGAAAAAAAUUACUGCUUUGUGAUUGGCAUUACAUCAUAGAAAAGGAUACUACUUUAACAGUCUGUAUCUAGUGAAAGACAAGCUAGUACAAUAAAUAUAUUUGUGGAUAG